AUGGCUCCUGCUAGGAGGCUGAAGAUUCUGGCCAGUCACUUCCUCCCUGGGUGGUGCACUGGGGGCCUUCGUGUUCUUGAGCUGACAAGAGCAGCUGCCCCUGACUUUACUAGUUUUGGGGACUCAUCGCGCUCUCUUUCUCUCUUUCUCUCUCCACCCCCACACCCCUACUCUCUCUCUCUCCUCCCUCCAUGGGCUUUGUGGUUGCAGGGCUCACAAUAUGAACUCAAAGACAACCCCGGGGUGCACCCUGCCACCUUCGCAGCCCACACGGCGCCAGCCUACUACCCCUAUGGCCAGUUCCAGUACGGGGAUCCCGGGCGGCCCAAGAACGCCACGCGCGAGAGCACCAGCACGCUCAAGGCCUGGCUCAACGAGCACCGCAAGAACCCCUACCCCACCAAGGGCGAGAAGAUCAUGCUGGCCAUCAUCACCAAGAUGACCCUCACGCAGGUCUCCACCUGGUUCGCCAACGCGCGCCGGCGCCUCAAGAAGGAAAAUAAGGUGACGUGGGGCGCGCGCAGCAAGGACCAGGAGGACGGAGCCCUCUUCGGAAGCGAUACGGAAGGCGACCCUGAGAAGGCUGAGGACGAUGAGGAGAUCGACCUGGAGAGCAUUGACAUCGACAAAAUCGACGAACACGACGGCGACCAGAGCAAUGAGGACGAGGAGGACAAGGCCGAGGCGCCGCGCGCGCCCGCGGCACCUACAGCCCUUGCUCGGGACCAGGGCUCGCCGCUAGCAGCCGCCGACGCGCUCAAGUCCCAGGACUCGCCCCUGGGCCUGGUCAAGGAGGUCCCGGAGCCUGGCAGCACGCGCCUGCUGAGUCCUGGCGCCACGUCGGGUGGCCUGCAGGGCGCGCCGCACAGCAAGCCCAAGAUCUGGUCCUUGGCCGAAACGGCCACAAGCCCCGACGGCGCGCCCAAGGCCUCGCCGCCGCCUCCCGCCGGCCAUCCCGGCGCGCAUGGGCCCCCCGCGGGCACGCCGCUGCAACACCCCGCCUUCCUGCCCAGCCACGGACUGUACACCUGCCACAUCGGCAAAUUCUCCAACUGGACCAACGGAGCGUUCCUCGCGCAGGGCUCCCUGCUCAACAUGCGCUCCUUCCUGGGCGUCGGCGCGCCCCACGCCGCGCCCCACGGCUCGCACCUGCCUGCGCCGCCGCCGCCGCAGCCGCCGGUCGCCGUGGCUACAGGGGUGCUCCAUGGUGACAAGGCCUCUGCUCGCAGCAGCCCCGCGCUCCCAGAGAGAGACCUCGUCCCCAGGCCGGACUCGCCGGCACAGCAGUUAAAAUCGCCCUUCCAGCCCGUGCGCGACAACUCGCUGGCCCCCCAGGAGGGAACGCCCCGGAUCCUAGCAGCCCUCCCGUCGGCCUGAUUCAGGGUCUUCUUUUACAUUUGCGGGGGGAGGGGGGAGGAGUUCGGGAGGGAGGGGAUGAGGGAGGAAUUAGGACAAAUAUUUCAGACUGGUGUAACGGACAAAUAUAAAUAUGGCCACGACGUCGAGGACUCCCAUCCAUCGCUUUCUGCAGAAAGGGGCUCGUCCUGCCCGAGCUCCAGUGCAGGCAGCCUGGCCUCUGCCCUUGGCUCUGGUGGCUGGCACCAUGCUCUGGUUCGCUAUCAGCUCGGUAAAUGCCCCACGUGCUUGUGUCUUUUUUUUUUUUUUCUUCCUUCCUUCUUUCUGUAUAUAGAGUGAUUUCAGAUUGUAAAUAGCGCGUCAGCGAACUUGUCUAAAUCAUAUAUUUUUGUCUAAUAAACUAAAUGAAAUGAUGCUCACUGCC